AUGGAUGUGGGGGCACUGAAUGGAAAUCCUUGCUAGCACCUUUUAUUUGGUCUUGAAGUGUUUUAAAGCACAACGUUGGUGCUUGCUAGCUAACCGUGUAACAAAGUACCGUGUGCUUUGUACUUUGUGUUUGCACCGAAUGUUGGCAUGCGUGAUGACCUUUCACCCACAUGGGGGGAAAAUGGACCCCGUCCAAAAGAAGCUAAUGCCAUUGUCCCCUCAUUACGGGCCAGCCCGUGAUCACGGGGGCCCAGCUGGAAUGCGUCCCUCCCCGUUAAACCUCUUAGGGCUCUGAAGGCUUUCUCGGGUGUUGCAAUAACGCUCCUCGUCACCACCUCCGCGUUUGUACUUACCCAAAAGCAAAGCCCCCGUUUCCCAGUGGACCGCCACGUUUAAUAGAGGACGCCUCAUGGACGCGAGGACACACGUCCUGGCCCUCGUGGAGAAGCCCCAGAAGAGCAAGUAAAGAAGACUUGCUGAUCUUCGUGGACAUCCAGGAGAAGACCGCUUUGAGAUGGACUUCCUGAUUGGCAGCCCCCGCGUGCGCUCGGACAGUGUGAGCAGCAGCACGUCCUCUCGGGGGUCCCGCACCAAAAUGCUGCUCCGCCAGCGCCUGACUCAGCUGCUGAGCCGCAUCGACGACAUGAGCUCGGACGACGAGGCCAGCGAGGAAGUGUCCCGUACGCUGGAUGAGGCCUUCCAGCUCUGUGGACGCUUCAGUCCCACCGACGCCUUCAGGUUGCACAUGGUGACUUGGAACGUGGCCACGGCGGAACCCCCCGACGACAUCACCUCCUUGCUCCAACUGGACAUCCAACCCCCCAACGACUUCUAUGUGAUCGGGCUGCAGGAAGUGUGCGCCACGCCCGUCCGCUUCAUCUCAGACCUGAUCGUGGAAGACUCAUGGAGCCACGUCUUCAUGGACACCCUGGCCCCCCGAGGAUUCGUGAAGGUGGCGUCCGUGAGGAUGCAGGGUUUGCUGCUCUUGGUGUUUGCCAGACAAGCCCACCUUCCUUACAUCCGAGACCUCCAGACCACCUACACCCGCACCGGAAUCUUCGGCUAUUGGGGUAACAAAGGGGCGGUGUCGGUGCGCUUCUCCUUCUACGGCCACAAGGUGUGCUUCCUCAACUGCCACCUGGCGGCGCACAUGAAUUACGCCCUGCAGCGUGUCGACGAGUUCGAGCACAUCCUGGAGACGCAAGACUUUGACGUAGACGACGCCCGACGAGUGCUGGACCACAAGUUAGUGUUUUGGUUUGGAGACCUCAACUUCCGUAUCGCAGAUCACGGCUUACACUUCCUGCGCUCGUCCAUCAACGGCGGACGUCUCAACCUGCUGUGGGACAAAGACCAGCUCAUCAGCAUGAAGAAGAAGGAGGCAUUCCUGCAGGAGUUUGAGGAGGGUCUGCUGAACUUCAAGCCCACCUACAAGUUUGGUCGUAACUCUGAGGCCUACGACACCAGCGCUCCCAAGUCAUGGUGGGCUUUUCACGGUAAGAAGAGGAAGCCGGCCUGGACUGACCGCAUCCUGUGGCGCAUCAAACCCAAGAACGUACCCUCGGAGGACGACGACGACGACGACAAGGCGUCCACCGACGCCGGCCUGGACGAGUACCCCCUCCUGGUCAGCCAGGACAAGUACACCAGCGACAUGAGCUACGGCGUCAGCGACCACAAGCCCGUCAUGGCUAGCUUCAGUCUGGAGAUGAGGAAACACUUCCACACCGCACUGGUCCACGUGGAUCCUGAGGGCGUCUGGAGCGCCGACCAUGAUGCUCUUCUAAACUACACGAUUCAGGAGGACUUCAUGUCCUCAACGUGGGACUGGAUCGGCCUCUACAAGGUGGGAUUCAAGAGCGCAAGCGACUACGAGACCUUUGUUUGGGUUCGCGAGGACGAGCUGCCGGAGACCAACGAAGUCAUUCAGAUAUCACUGGAUAAAGACGACAUUCCUCUCCUGGGGGGGCACUUUGUGUUAGGCUACUACAGCACAAACAUGCAGAGCAUCAUCGGCCUCAGCGCUAACUUCCAGAUCUUGGAGUCAAAACGUGCCGUCAUGGAGGGCCUGGUUCCAGAGAACAUCAACGGACUCAGCUAAGCGUCUGCUCAAGCCAGGGUCUUAUUUCAUAAAGUGAUACACUUGCAUAUGACCAUAAAAUGUGAAAAGUCAAAUAAAAAGGCCAAACUAGACCGGACCAGGGGUGUCCAAAGUGCGGCCCGGGGGCCAUUUGCAGCCCAAGCCUGCUUUUUAAUUGGCUCGUGGCACAUUCUACAAUUAGAAUUGUAACAAAUAAAACAACAACAGCCAAAACAGAAAAAUCAGGGGUAAUUUUAUAAGAAUAAACUCAAAAUAUUAGAAUAAAAAUUAGGCAAAGUCAUAAUAUUAUGAGGGAAAUUGACAUCAUUUUAGCAGCAUAAAGUUGAAAUACUAAAUACAUAUUAUAAAAAAACAAACCAACUAAAAGUGUAAUUUUUGAAAAAUUCAGUUGCGGAAAAAGUUAUAAUAUUAUGAGAAUAAAGUCUAAAUAUUAUGAGAAUAAAGUCAAAAUCUUACAGAAAGAAAAUUUACAAGAACAAAGUUGAAAUUGUGUGUAAAUAAAAAAAACCAGCAGUAAUUUGAUGACAAUAAAGUCAAAAUAUUAAGAAAAAAAUAAACACAACUAUGAGAAUAAUCCCGUAAUAUUAAAGGGGUAAAAUCACAAUAUUACAAGAAGAAAACUUACGAGGAUAUUUAUGAAGAUACUUGAUACUGUAUAUUUAGACAUGUUAAUACGUAAAAAUGGGGAAAAAAAAUGCAAAGCAAAGUUUUUCAUUAAAAUGGCUGAGAUGCUGUUUUUUUCUUUCUUGAUAUAUAUGGAACUUAUCAGCAUAUCUACAUGUGUUGCUUUACAAAAUAUGAAAGUGGCCAAAUUUCUUUAAUUUUUCACAAUGUGGCCCUUGCUGGAAAAGGUUUGGACACCCCUGUCUGAAGACACUAAUGAAUAAGCUCUGACUAAUGACAACUUUAAAGAGAUUUGACAUGAAUUGUUCACCUUGUGACAGUGGAAAGAAUCAUAAAUGAAUUAUCUUAGCAUCCCUACUGUCAUUUCAACAUUAAUGAUGUUUUUGCCUUUGAGUAUGCAUGCAUCAGUCAAAUUGUGUGACUGAUAAUCAAUCUUGUGAUUCUCCUGUGUGAGUGCCGGAAAGCUUGUAACUAGAUGUAUAUUUGGUGCAUGAUUAAAGUGACAAAUGGCUGUGAAA